UAUUCCUUGUUCUUGAUCUCGGAGUCGCCGCCUCUCAGCAGCUCUCUCGAAAAUUUGGUCUCUGCGACUUCCUACAACCACCAUGUGGAGGAGCUCACGGAGCUUCUCAUCCAAACUCCUCCUCCGCUCUUCCUCGCCAAAUCCUCGCGAUCCUAUCGCCUCCUCAUCUAUCAUUUCCACCUCAUAUGGGGUGGUUCGGAACCCGCACCUCUACUCAUCGUCUAUUCCCGCCUCCUCUUCUUUGGCCUCAGAUUCCUUCAAACUAGGGUUUCCCCAACCCGGUGGGGCCCGAGCCUUCUCGGCCACGGCCGUCGAUCUCUCUUCUCUGGCCUCUGCAUCGGCGUCUAGAGCCAGGCAAGUCGCCGGCCUAGCCAGCCAUUACGCUCGCUGCUACUGGGAGCUCUCCAAAGCUCGCCUCAGCAUGCUGGUGGUUGCGACUUCUGGGACUGGAUUCGUUCUUGGGAGUGGAAGUGCCCUUGAUUUUCCGGGACUUUGUUGGACUUGUGCUGGUACCAUGAUGGUUGCAGCAUCUGCGAACUCCUUAAAUCAGGUAUUUGAAAUAAACAAUGAUGCCAAAAUGAAGAGAACGAGGCAAAGACCGCUUCCUUCAGGGCGCAUUACCAUACCCCAUGCAGUCACCUGGGCAUCUUCCAUCGGUGUAGCUGGCACUGCUUUAUUGGCAGGCAAGGCUAAUAUGUUGGCGGCUGGGCUGGCAGCUUCAAAUCUUGUCCUUUAUGCAUUUGUUUAUACUCCCUUAAAGCAGAUCCACCCAGUCAAUACGUGGGUUGGGGCUGUUGUUGGUGCAAUUCCGCCACUUCUUGGGUGGGUUGCAGCUUCUGGCCAGGUGUCAUUGAAUGGAAUGAUUCUUCCAGCUGCUCUCUACUUUUGGCAACUACCACAUUUCAUGGCCCUCGCUUACUUGUGCCGCAAUGAUUAUGCUGCUGGAGGGUUUAGGAUGUUCUCUCUUGCUGAUGCUUCUGGUCGGAGAACUGCAUUGGUGGCUUUAAGGAACUCCCUAUAUCUGCUCCCUUUGGGUUACCUGGCGUAUGAUUGGGGCGUGACUUCUGGAUGGUUUUGCCUUGAAUCAUCUAUCCUUACUCUUGCAAUAAGCUAUGCGGCAUUUUCAUUCUACAGAGACCGUACUGCACAAAAAGCUAGGAGGAUGUUUCAUGCUAGCCUACUGUAUCUUCCUGUAUUCAUGUCUGGGCUCCUACUUCACCGUCUCCCCGAUAACCAACAACUUGUCCAAGAAGACAAUUCAAUGGAGGUUGUUGAGGUUUCAUCUUCCUUGGGAACUCUAGCAGAAGAAAGUGAAAAUCUUGACCAGAGGAACCAUGAGAUGGGUUCCACCGGCGGCAAACAAGCACGCCCACCUGUAGCAUAUGCCUCCGUUGCACCGUUUCCUUUUCUGCCUGCUCCUUCGUACGCAGCUCCUUGAUGUAUUGUGCGUCUGGAAUUUAUUUUACAAUAUGUAAUAAGAAGGUUGGAAGGUUACCUGCAAAAAUUGUCAGAUAUAUUUUUAAAAAAUUUUCAUUUUGGUAAA